UCCACUUUCGACCGCGACCGCGCGAACACCGCUUAGGCGAAAAUUUCAUAGGCGAGUACUGGAAGUACCAGCAGCGCCUGCGUUAGUUCGUUUGAGAUCUCCGAAACUUAGAAUAUACAUAAUCAUGCAGUCCCUGAUUAUCUUAGCAGCGUCCCUAUGCUUGGCUAAGGCGUCGUAUUAUGCAGGCCCGCCAGCUCACAUCCAGCUCAGUCCAGAUGGCAAAUACGUGCUUGAUACUCCUGAGGUAGCUCACGCUAAGGCGGCUCACUACGCGGCUCAUGCGCAGGCGUCGACGCACCACGGCGCGUGGGCGCCCGCACUUGGCGGCGCGUGGGCUGGCGGACCCGCGGGUUAUGCUGCUGGACAUUAUGGCGCACCUGCUGCUGGUCUUCACAAAUACGGUCCCGCACCUCUAGCGCACGACGGACGCGUCGUGGACACCCCUGAGGUAGCUCACCUGAAGGCCGCGCACUUGCAAGCGCACGCGGCGGCUUCCCACGGUGGACACGCGAUCGCGCCGCUCGGCUACGCGCAUGGUCCUGCGCCAAUUGCGCACGGUCUUGGUUACGCUGGCGGUUACGCCGGUGGAUACGGAAAAUGGACCGGUCCUCCGGCCCAUAUCCAACUCACCCACGACGGUCAAUACGUAGUGGACACACCUGAGGUACAACACGCUCGCGCCGCCCACUUGGCUCAAUACGCUCACGCCGCCGCUGCCGCCGCUGCUGCCCCAGAAGAACCUUGGGGCCAUGGACCUCACGGUCAUGGCUCCUGGUGAACCC